AUGGUAUACCAGGACCCUGUAAGCCCCAACAUGGUAUACCAGGACCCUGUAAACCACAAUAAUGUAUACCAGGACCCUAUAAACCACAACACCGUAUACCAGGACCCUGAACAAGUAAGCCAGGACUCGGUUGCCUUCCUCUAUCAGGACUUAUCAGGAAACAGCUACACAGCGGUCCGCAGGUCAGCGCUCUGGCCCACUAGGUACCGGUCCAGGUUGCUGCCUGGGGAGAACCAGCCCCUGGAUGUGGGGCUCCUCCGCAGAGUGAAGGAGGUGCUGGAGGGCGUGGAGCCCAGGACCGCUGCUCAACACAUCACCCGGGCCGACUGCAUGGUGGCAGGCAUCGUGGAGGUGAGGGUGGAGGACCAGAGGAGGAUGGGUGUAGCGUCGGGGGUGGAGUUGCUGACCCUAGCCCACGGACACCAGCUCCGCCUGGACCUUCUGGAGAGGUACCAGACCAUGUCAGUGGUGCUGGCGGUGUUUAUUCUGGGAUGUACAGGGAGCCCUGAGGAGAGGGCGGCUCUGCUGCAUAAAGCCAUCCAGAUCGCUGCCCAGCUGAAGAGCAGCAUGGGGAACAUGUUCGGGUUCUCUGCUGUCAUGAGGGCCCUGGAGCUCCCGCAGGUUGCUAGGCUAAAGCAGACGUGGACGGUGCUACGCCAGCGGUACACAGAGUGCUCCGUUCUCUACCAACACAACCUCAGACCCUUCCUCAAGGCCCUGGAUCAAGGGAAAGAGAGCACCCAGCUGACAGGGACCUCCUUUCCCCACAUCAUACCCCUGCUGCUCCUCCUCGAGAGGAGAACAGCCUUAGGGGAGGGGGCGUGGCAGGCUGAGGGAUCGGGUGUGGACGCGGUCAUGAGUCACCUGACGGCGGCUCGUACCAUAGCACAGCUGGGCAGGAUCUACUGUGCUAAUGCUGACAUUAAGAUUAUGGGUCUUCGGGAGCAGGCAGAGGUGUCGGAGGUCUUCCAGACCGACUUCCAGACGCGGCUGCUUUGGGGCAGCGGCGGGGCGGGCCAGGACCCGGCCCAGCGGUACGCCAAGUACCACUCUGUCCUGACCACUCUGUCCCACCACCUGGAGCCCCCCAGACACUUACCCCCUGGAGCCCCCCAGACACUGACCCCCUGUCCCCCCCAGACACUGACUCCCUGGACCCCCCCAGACACUGACUCCCUGGAGCCCCCCAGACACUGA